AUGGCUCUUGACUGUCAACAACGGAAGAAUGAAGAGAAACCUGUGCAAAUGAUGUUAAAGGAGUCUACUUUUAAAAUGACCUAUGUGGAAGAGAGAUCCACCACAGUUCUGUUGCUUCCCUAUGUUGGCAAUGAGCUGAACAUGGUCAUCAUGCUUCCAGAUGAGCACAUUGACUUGAGAACGGUAAGGAUCAUGAGACCUUUAUGGAGCUGUGAGAGAGAAAUUGAGUGGCAUUUGAAAUUAAUAGAGUGGACAAGGCUGGACAAGAUGGAUGAAGAAAAGGUGGAGGUUUUCCUCCCACAGUUUAAACUGGAGGAGAAUUAUGACAUGAAGGACGUGCUGUGCAAGCUGGGCAUGACUGAUGCCUUUGAGGACAGGGCAGACUUUUCUGGAAUGUCUUCUAAGCAAGGCCUGUUUCUGUCCAAGGUAGUGCACAAGUCCUUUGUGGAGGUCAACGAGGAGGGCACAGAGGCUGCAGCUGCCACAGCUGCCAUUAUCAUGAUGGUGGGGCAUGUCUGUGCCGAUCACCCCUUCCUUUUCUUCAUUCAGCAUGUUAAGACCAAUGGGAUUCUGUUCUGUGGCCGGUUCUCCUCUCCCUGAGGAAAGGGUGCUGCUGUGUCAGCCUUUGUCCAUGCUUUGCCUGUGACACAAGUGACCUCAUCAACAAGUACAAUGGCAAUUUUGAAAUAAAGGGCUUUGUGGUAGCUUAUCUUCAGAACUAUGCACCUAUCUCAGGGGAGCGCUUUUUCUAGGAUCUGGAUUUGCACUUCUGUGGGUUUGUGGUGUUGCUGGCUACAGAGCUCAUCCCUGCUGGAGGGCCUUUUGGCUUCCUUCAGUCAGCCACGUCUCCUGACACAAGAGAAGUGUUGUCUUCAUCUCUUCUCCACCAGCUGCAUUGAGAUCUCAUCUAACUUCAGUGAGAGAAUACAUGUGGUGCAGGUCUCUCAGGGAAGCGACCAUGAGGACAGCCUCAGGCAGUCUCUGUAGGCAGCUCAGGUUCCAAAUGGGGGCAAGCAGAGGCACAGUGUGCUGGGACUCAGCUCAGUGAGAAAAGCUCCUCUUUCUCUCUGUUUGUGUUUUGGACAUGGGCUGUGUCACAAAUCUAUGCAGGCAGAUGCACACUGUAAGCUUGAUUCCACAGGGCAGAGGCAUGUGUAACAUAUCCUGGGGA